UGCACGCGCACGAGCAGCGAAGAAAAGCUCCGAACAUGCACGCCGAUAACCAUCAAAUGACACCAAACACGUGCUGUCAUAUUUAGCUGGUCCGGAUCCAAAAUUAAUUCCGAGCUUAAGCUUUGUCGCGCACUGCAGUGACUUGUUAACAAGCGCAGUUUACAGCCUGUUUGUGCUUGCAUCCUGCAGUCAAUUGCCGGGGACGCACGUUGUAAAAUGAGGUUGGGAAACAUCAUUGUAUUCGUCGCUCUCUGCUCUUUUACCGCUUAUUAUAUUUAUGAGCCCAUUCCCGAGGAGAUAGAAGAGAGAUGGAAACUCAUGCUGACCAACUCUUUCUUCAGAGGUCUCAGCCACCUGGCAGACUUCAGUGAAUUAGUAGGGCUGACAGACUACAUGGGUGUAAUGUACUUCAUUACUUUGGCUGAAAAGGUAGUGCCUGUCUCUGAUGAGAAUGUCAAGGUGACAGAGGAGAAGUUUGAUGGAGUGGAGGUGGUGGUGUACCAGCCAAAGCAGCGAGGUGGUGACACAGAGCUCAGGAGAGCUGUCAUAUACCUGCACGGUGGAGGAUGGUGUCUGGGGAGUUCCCGGAUGGGUCCAUAUGAUCUACUGGCCAGAAAAAUGGUCACUGAUCUAAAUGCAGUGGUUCUUUCUGUAGAGUACCGCCUUGCCCCUGCUCACCAUUUUCCUGUCCCAUAUGAGGAUGUGUAUUCUGUGGUCAAACACUUCCUCCAGAAGGGGGUGCUGGACCAGUACUCUGUGGACCCAGGACGCAUUGCUGUGUCUGGGGACAGUGCUGGGGGAAACCUAGCAGCUGCAGUCUCCCAGCAGUUACAGAAAGACCCUGGACAACAGGUUCAAUUUAAGGCCCAAGCACUCCUCUAUCCAGUGCUGCAGGCCCUAGACCUCAACACACCCUCCUAUCAGCAAAAUCAGGACAUGCCCAUUUUACCCCGCACCCUCAUGGUACGCUUCUGGAGUGAGUACUUCACCAGUGACAAGGCCCUUUUCAGAGCCAUGAUGGCCAACACACACAACAACCCUGAGUCUUCCAGCCUUUUGAAGUUUGUGAACUGGAGCGCCUUCUUGCCAGAAACAUACCAUAGAAAAUACAAUUAUAGUGCUCCUGCUGUGGUGCAGGGCGUUGCAGGGCAGGCAGUUGGGAUUGAUGGACCAGCUCAAUCUUUUGCUGACCCAAGGGCAUCACCCCUGCUGGUUCCAGAUACGGCCUUACGCUCUCUGCCCAAGGCCUACAUUCUAACAUGUGAGUAUGACGUUCUCAGAGAUGAUGGGAUCAUGUAUGUCACGCGACUCCGUGCGGCUGGUGUUGAGGUCACGCACGAACACUAUGACACAGGAUUUCAUGGAGCACUGAUGUUCACCGUGUGGCCAACUGACUUCCUGAUUGGACGCCGUAUGACACACAACUAUGUGGAAUGGCUCAAGGAAAACUUGUAAAAAAAACAAACAAACAAAAAAACUCUUGACUUUCUGUAUUCAUUCCAUUUUUUCCCACACAAUGCACCAGUGUUUGCUUAGAAGCAAAUCUUUCCAAUUCUUUUUGUUGUUUAUUUCAUUUUCUUUGGUCAUGCAUCUUUUCUGUAAAUAUAUUAAGAAAUAUAUUAACUUAUACUAUUUUUCCACUCCACAUUAGGUUCUAAUCGUCAAUAACAAUUUGAAAGAUUAGUUCAGAUCUUUUCACAUAAGGUUGUGUGAGACAGCGUAACACAUGUGACACCAUUGCUCAAGUACUACAUAGUGUUUAUUCUCCAACAAACAGAACACUGAGAGGUCUGAGGGGAAAAUUAAACUCUGGAAUUUCUCAAAGGUUAUGUUUUGGAUGGCUAAACAUUUUUGGGGUUUUUUGUGCAUUGUUUUUUGGUUGUGUAUUUGUAUUCUUUUGAGCUGUCUAGCUGGUCCUGUGUGGUGCUGCUCACUCUUGUUUUCCACUACAGGAGCUGCUACUACUCUAUCCAUCGCAUAUCAUAGUUGGUAAAGCAUACCAAUAAAUAGUAUGAAGUAUCCCUUUAGGGGUUUUAAGAAUCUAGUGUAUGUCUUAGCAUAGCAGAAAACAUUUUCACAGCAGAACAAAAUGAUAUCCAGUUUGGCCAAAGAUAACAUUUAUCACUGAGUGCAGCUGAUACUGAAACCUAAGAUUGUUUGAGUAUAUUACUAAACUAAAACACACAUGUUCUAGAGAUUGUAUCAAAGCUUGGUCAGUAGUAUUGUAUUAGAUACAGCAAUGCUGUUUUUUACAAGGAAAGAACUAGCCUUUAAUUGUGCAAUAACACAGACACACAGGCAUACAGCAAGAUGAUUGAAUUUGCUGAUAAGAUAAAUUAUUUUAAUUGCGGAUUGUAUAUUCAUCGCCACAUGUUCUUGUAUCCAGACUCAUUUCCACAUACUUUCAGAGAUAUAACAACAAAUGUAUUACAAAUCUUACUUGCUUUGUAAUGGCUGCACAUCAAGGCUUCCUGGGGCAACUUGUAUAAAUGAU